AUGCCACCAAGGAGAAAUACUCAAAAUAGUCAUCGCAUUUAGGAAUUCUUCAGUAAGGGAACUAAGAAACAAAAGAAAGAAAUAAAAGAGAUGUAAAAACAAUUUAAGAAGUGUCCAUAACUUGGAUAGGUUGGAUCAUAAUUAAGAAGAGUAUUGUCAUAAUACAGAGAAGAAAUAAUGAAAGAAUUUAAUUAUGGAGAUUUAGUAAAGUAAAUAAGUGAAGUAUCAAAAUUGGACUCGAUAGGAGGAAUGUUGAAUUCCAUUUUAUAUUUGAAUAUCACUCGUGUGUCAGAUUAUUGGAGUGAUUUAUACACUCCUGAUCAUGUUGAUGAUGUAAAUAACUUUCUAAAUUAGUUACUUAGUCAAUAAAAUACAUAGAUAUUAAAACAUUGGCUCAAAAGUUCAUUCUCAAUACUAAGAUAAGACUAAGUAGAAGAUUCUGAUUCAUGGGAUUCUUAAUCUAACUCAAUUAAUAAUUAAAAUUGGAAUUAUUAGAUGCUUAAUAUUUAUGGUUCUAGUGGUAAAAUGAGUACUAUUGUUGCAAUUGCUAGAACAUAUAAUAUUGAAGUCAUUCUUACAUAUGAAUAUACAGAAAAAAAAGAAUUUGAAGAGAUGUUUGCAAGUUAACAUAUCAAAUUCAAACCAGAACAAUAAAAUACUGAAUUUGGAAUUAAAAAGAAAAUUAUAAUCCAUAGAGGUGCUUUACCCAAAUUUCUCAAUUCUAGAUUCUUAUAAAUUUAAAGAGUACCUUUCAUUUGGAUUACUGGUAAUUUAAUUCUCAUUAUAUUAGAUUCAUGUCAAAAUCAUGAAUUAUUUGAUGGUUUUGAAUUACUUUAAUAUUAACAUGAUGACAUUGUGAAAUAUUUCUAUUUAAUUCUUAUAAUUGAAUAUAAUUAUAGGGAUUAAUUAGAUUCUAUUAAUAGUGAAUUCAAAAAGAAAGUAAUAUAUGAAAAUUUGAAAGACAAAACAAAAUAGGUUGAUUUUUAUAAUAAUUUCUACUUAAUCAAACCAACAAUUAUAACCAAAGAAUUAAAUAUUAAAUUUGAUUUAUCAGAAAUUAAUAUGAUAACUUUGUAAAUGAAAGGAAAUGUAAGAGGUAUUUUAAAUUGGUUGCAAUUUCAUCAUGAAGACUAAAGUACAUGCACAUUGAUUAUGUAAAUGAAAUUAAAUUAAACUCAUUUACAAUACAUGCUUAAAAAUAAUCUGCCUAUUUUUAAAACUAAUUAGUUUGAUAAUCAUUUUAAUUUACAUACUUAAUAAUGGCAUGAUUAAUAAUGCAUUGAAUUAGUAGAUGAUAUUGUGGAAUGUCGACAGAAUAUUUUAAAACAUAAUUAUUCAAAAAGAUCAUUCAAAUGCAAAUUCAAUCCAUACCUAAUCAAUUAUGUUAUUAAGGUAAUGUUUUAAAUAUAUUAAUCUUUAUAGACAAAUGCAAUAAAUACACAACAACGCACUUCUAGUACAAGAUAACGAAGAUUGAAUAAAGAACCAACAGAUAUCUAUAAACCACUUUAACAAUUCUUUCAAGAUGAAGAAGAGUAUGAAUGGUUUAAGCAAUUCGACAAAUCUUCUGCAUUUUUGAUGAACUGA